GGAUGGCGGCACCUCCUCCCGCUCUUCCCGCUCCUCCUGCGCGCGGCGGGCGUUAACAGCUCCUCGCCUCAGCUCGCGCUGCUCCGCUGAGUUCUGCCUGCGCGCGCACUCAACUUUGCUUCUGUAUUUUUUGUUUAUUUCAUUUUUUUUAAAGGGGGAAAGGGGCGGAGCUUGAGUUCUUCCCGUGCGUGCACGCGACGCGCUCUAACCGGGAGCGCACCUGCCUCCGUCGCGUGCUCCAGUGAUGUCCGCGGCUGCCGCUGCACCGGUGGCGAUGCGUCCGCGUGUGCGCUCGUGUCCGCGCUCGCGCGCGCUGCUGCUUCUACUGCACGGGCUGCUCGUGGCCGGACUCCCGCGCGCCGCGCUCGCCUUCACGGAGGAGCCCGUGGAGCGCGUGGCCAAACCGGACGCCUUCUGUAGCUGGAUCUUACGCGCGCAGCCGCAGGGCGCGAGGAAAGAGGGGCACAGCGAGUUCAGGCUGCGCGUGGAGGGGGAUCCCGAACACUACCAGCCCGCGAGCACCUACAGAGUGACAUUAUACGCCACCAACCCCGCUUACUUCAGAGGCUUCACUCUCAUCGCUCUGAAGGAGGGGAGGAACGGGGAGAAAGAGGAGGAUUACGCCGGCAAUUUCCAGAUCAUUGAUGAAGAGGACACACAGUUCAUGACUAACUGCCCGCCUGCCGUCACAGAGAGCACCCCUCGUAGAAGGACCAGGAUACAGGUGUUCUGGACAGCGCCCCCAUCAGGCAGUGGCUGCAUACUACUGAAGGCGAGCAUCGUUCAGAGGAAGAUCAUCUCCUUCCAGGAUGAGGGUUCACUCACAAAGCGGAUGUGUGAGAAAGAAUCACUAUAUGGAGAAUCCACAGAUAAACCGCUGCUGGACUGCUGUGCUUGUGGAACAGCGAAGUACAGGGUCACCUUCUAUGGGAACUGGUCAGAGAAGCUUCACCCCAAGGAUUACCCCAGGAGAGCCAACCACUGGUCAGCCAUCAUCGGGUCGUCUCACUCCAAGAACUAUGUGCUGUGGGAAUAUGGAGGUUACGCGAGUGACGGAGUUAAACAGGUGGCUGAGCUGGGUUCACCAGUGAAGAUGGAGGAGGAAAUUCGGCAGAAGGGUGAUGAAGUAUUGACGGUCAUUAAGAUGAAGGCCCAGUGGCCCGCCUGGCAGCCCCUGAAUGUACGGGCCGCCCCUUCAGCCGAGUUCUCGGUGGACCGCUCACGGCACCUCAUGUCCUUCCUGACCAUGCUGGGUCCCAGCCCAGACUGGAACGUGGGGCUCUCAGCUGAGGACCUCUGCACCAAAGAGUGCGGCUGGGUUCAGAAGCUGGUCCAGGACAUGAUCCCGUGGGAUGCAGGCACAGACAGCGGGGUCACGUACGAGUCUCCCAACAAGCCCACUGUUCCUCAGGAGAAGAUCCGGCCUCUCACCAGCUUGGACCAUCCUCAGAGCCCGUUUUACGAUCCAGAGGGGGGUGCUAUCACGCAAGUGGCCAGGGUAGUUGUGGAGAGAAUCGCCCGCAAGGGUGAGCAGUGCAACAUCGUGCCUGAUAACGUGGAUGACAUAGUGGCAGACAUUGCCCAGGAGGAGAAGGAGGAAGACGACACUCCUGAGACAUGCAUUUACUCCAACUGGUCACCUUGGUCGGCAUGCAGCUCCUCCACCUGUGAGAAGGGCAAGAGGAUGAGGCAGCGGAUGCUAAAGGCCCAGCUGGACCUGAGUGUUCCCUGCCCACAUACCCAGGACUUUGAGCCCUGUAUGGGGCCGGGCUGCAGCGAUGAAGAUGCUACAACCUGCAUGAUGUCAGAGUGGAUCACCUGGUCUCCGUGCAGCGUGUCGUGUGGGCUGGGAAUGCGCUCCAGGGAGCGUUAUGUAAAGCAGUUUCCUGAGGAUGGUUUCGCCUGCACUCUGCCCACAGAGGAAACCGAGCCCUGCACAGUCAACGAGGACUGCUCUCCGAGCAGUUGUCUGGUGACGGAGUGGGGUGAGUGGGAUGCCUGCAGUGCCACCUGUGGGCUGGGAAUGAAGCGUCGGGAGCGUAUGGUGAAGAUGCCCCCCUCUGAUGGCUCCAUCUGCGGGGCGGAGGUGGUGGAGGUGGAGAAGUGCAUGAUGCCAGAGUGUCAUACCAUCCCGUGCCUGCUGUCUCCGUGGUCUGACUGGAGUGACUGCAGUGUGACAUGUGGAAAGGGCACGCGAAUGCGACAGCGCAUCCUCAAAUCCCCCGUAGAGCUGGGAGAGUGCACGGAGGAACUGGAGCAAGUGGAGAAGUGCAUGCUGCCAGAGUGCCCUUCAGACUGUAUAAUGUCGGACUGGUCGGAGUGGUCCGAGUGUAAUAAGUCCUGUGGGAAGGGUCACAUGAUCCGGACGCGGAUGAUAAAGAUGGAGCCUCAGUUUGGAGGAGACCCGUGCGCCGAGACGGUCCAGAGGAAGAAGUGUAAGAUCCGGAAGUGCAGCCAGGGCGGCGCCAACAGUGAGGAGAGGAAGAAACGCAAGGAAGCUCGCAAGAAGAGGAAGAACAAGCAGGGCAGGGAGGAGGGAGGGGAUGAGCUGGCAGGAUGCAAAAUGAAGCCGUGGUCUGGAUGGACGGACUGCACCAAGUUAUGUGGCGGAGGAAUCCAGGAGAGGCUUAUGACGGCCAAGAAGAGAUUCAAGAGCACGCAGCUAAACAGCUGCAAGGACAGGAAGGAGAUCCGGGCCUGCAACGUCCAUCCCUGCUAGGGUUGCCGAGGCUUACGGGAAGGGACACAUUUCGGCACGGGGACUGGAUUUAACCGGAUUUAACAGGAUUUAGCGGGAUUUAGCUGGAUUUAACGUCCAUCACUGGCUCUCAGUGGUGUGGGGCACUCUGUUUAGGGAUGGCAUGGUGCAACAGUUUUUGCUCAUUUUUAUGUUUCUUAUUUUUUAUUAAAUAGAAUAUAGAAUAGUGACCCACGGUUUGUUUGGGUGAUUGAUUGGAGGAAGGUGCUUAGAGUCGCAGUUAAAAUGCCAUUUAAUUUCUAGUAGAUUUCGACCUGAAGGGGGCUUGGUGGAUUACAGUACGUUCCAGUGAGAGGAUUUGAAGUGGUGAGCUUUAGAGAAGGUCAAUUUUACACAAUGCUGACCGUGGCAUAUAAAGUAUAAUAUUAUUUAUUGUUUUGCAAUGAGCAGCAAAAAAUGUUCAUUCAUGUUUAGUAAUCAAUGAUCUGGAAUUGAGGGAGAAGUGAAGUCGUUUCAUUUCUUUUCCACUUGCAUAUGUUGAACCUGUUUUUGGUCUGGAUCUUACUGGAUCUUACAUCAAUACUAAGCUCAGUGCUGCACAAAGCCUUCAUAGACACAUCUACUGGCAUUGAUGGCACAUGCACAUUGGUUUUAAUUGUUGCAAGAACAAAAUUUAAGCUAGUUUUAUGCCUACAAACGCUGUUAAAAAGAACUACAGACAGGUGGAAGUGGUCAGCACACUCUUCCCACCACUUCAGCCAGUGCAAUAGAGGGAAGUACUAAGGGCAUACCCUUCUGAACCUCUCUAAUUUUCUCUUAUGAGUACACAGAUGUAAAAAAAAAAAAAAUAGCCAUACAAUACCAUGCAAAUGCACGGUCAAGGUCCCAUCCUUUCUCCAGCCAAGGCAGGAAUCUGAACCAUUACAAUAAAGCCAAUCAAGGCUCUUCAAAGCAUGAUGAUUCCUGCAAAAGCUCCUGGAGCUGUUUAAUGUGUAUAUUUACUCUGUUCUCUCCAUUUCGAGUGCUAGCGGAGUAUUAACUCCACCCUCCAGCCGAGGGGUGGACGGUCAGACUGUUUCUGUUACUGUUUAAUUUGGACAUUUUUUUAGAUCUUGGAAGUGAUUCUACCGUAUGUGAAAACUAGCUGUGCUGAAUAUAUAGAACUGUUUUUUUUUUUUUUUGCAAGAUUAUCGUAAAGUUGUUGUAUUAAGAUAUUCCUAACGCAUCGAUUAAGCAUAACGUUAAGAACCCCCCCAUGUUUCUACAUACAUUAUACAUUUUUCAGCUUUAAAAAGGGCAUAUAUAAUAGGAUCAUUGUGUAGUGUUAUAAUUACAGUAUUCAGUACAGUGGUCCUGUAUCUGUUUCUCUGUAUACUUUAUUAUUAUUAUCCUCCUUUCAUCCUGCUUUUAAUGCUCAGGACCCCAAUCAUUCUAAUUUCCAGCCCUGCAGUGACACUGAUUUACGUAAUAGUGAUUAGUGUGUUAGUUGUGUGUGUUGUGUUGGUGGUAGCCUAUGAGUGGAUCAGACACUGCAGCAGUGCUGCUGGAGUUUUUAAACACUGUCUCCUACCUAGCUGACCUAUUUGCUUCACAUUGUAGAUAAAGUAAAGUCAGAGACAGAAGCUCUAAAUCUGUUGCUGCACAGUUUGUGUUGAUCAUCCUCUAGUCCUUCUACACUGUUGGCUGGUUGGUGGACUAUUCUUAGUCCAACAGUGAAACUGAGGUGUUUAAAAACUCCAGCAGCACUGCCGCAGUGUCUAAUCCACUCACUCACACCAGCACAACACACAGGACAGGACCAGGACAACAGGAAUUGCAUCUUUAAACAAAGUUAUUUUAAAUAUUUAUAAUGCCACAUGUGAUUUAAAACAGUAAAAUUGACAGAGAUGUGAAUACAAAUGUACAUCAGAAAUAUGAGUUACAUUGAUUUAGGAUAAAUAGACAUAUUUUGAUCUACGCAUGAAAAAAAUAAAUAUAUAUACUCUCCGCCAGGCAAGGGUGGACAAUGGAUGAUGCCAAAGAAAUUAACCUUUUUCUUUUUUUAUGUUUUGUUGCACAUAAAGCUAAUUAAAGCCUAUUUUCCAUCAGAAUAGAGCAUGAGUUUACAGUAGCUUAGCCCCGCCCACUACAUCAGAGAAAAAAAAAACAGCAACUCAGUGUCAUGGUGUGCACAGAAUUGCAGACACGUGCAGAUACUGAUAAAAAUAUAUGUUUAUUAUAAAAUAAACAGAUGUAAACGUAGUCGAUACAGAAACAAUGGGUAAUCACCAGUAAACAGAGCAAUGAAGGCAAAACCAUACCAUAAACGAGAAACAGUCCAGAGUUCAUACAUGAGAGAUCCAAUGUCAGAGGUAAUCCAAGAGGCAGUAGUGAAAACACAGUCCAGGUAAUACACAGGUAAUCCAGUAUCAGAGGCAAAGGCAAUAAUCGGCGUUGAGAAAACAAAAGCAAGGUCAUACACAAGAUAAACUGAGACAAGAGAUAAAGUAACGCUUUGUAAUGAGGAGAACCUACAAUACGCGGCGUGGGUGUUUGUGUGGUGUGCUCUUUUAUAGUGCCAGUAAUCAGUAUUCGGGGCUUCCUGGAGGAAGCAGGUGAGGUGUCACGUGAUCAGGUGAGUGCGUGAUGUCAGCGGGUGGUGCAUUCUGGGUAGUGUAGUUGUUGACCUGAGAACCUCCGUUAGAGCUUGGUGUGGAAGGGACAGAGGAGCUAACAGCACCAGACGUGACACUCAGACAUUAGUAAGAGCUAUUUUUUGUUUUUUUUUACUAAUUUCAUGUGAUUUAAAACACUUUUAUCAUGUUACUGUGUGAUGUAAAAGGUCAAUAUCAAAUCUAAAAUAAAAAAAUAAAAAAUAAACACAGGCAUUUAAUGCAGUGGACAUUAAAAAACAAUUAAAUAAUUUAGUUAGUUUGAUUUAAAAGUAUAUUUUAAAAUAUCCAGAGAAACAGAUGCAGGACUGCACUCUAUAAUUAUUAUAGAACUACAAAGUGUCCUAUAUGCUCAGUGGAGCUGGAAACAUUAUACAGUCUGUAGAAACUAGGAUGUGGUCAUAAUCUUAUGCUUGAUCGAUGUAAACCAGUCCAGAGGAAGUAAUACAUACAAGUGUUUUACCAUAUGUACCUUAUCAUACGUCACACCCCUCAUAUACAAAAGCACAGCUAAGCAGCCAUUCCAGCAUUUUUAAGCCUCAAAAAAAAAAAAGCUCUUUCUAGGACGAAUAAACCUGUCGUGACUUUUUACCCGGCUGUGAUACGUAUAUAGGUGCCAUAUUACUGGUUAUACUGGUCACCGUUUCCUUUAUCCUUUCUUAUUUCUUCCCUCAGAGAUUUUUUGAGACUGUAAUCCAAGAUUCUUACCAAAGUGUUGUGUAGAUGUUUUAUAGUUGUCUUUCACCACCUUUGCUCCCUCUGACAUAAAAAUUUAUAAUAUUUUGGAAUAUUCCACCUUUACAAUAAAAGUGAAUGUGACAAGA